AUGGCGUGUUCGACGAGGAGGCUCGCGUUCGUACUUGUGCUAGCAUUUUCAACCGUGGUAGCAGAGAGCAGACAUGCAUCUUGGGGGAGCACAGACCCAUAUGCCUGCAUAUUGAAAAAGGAAAGCAUGCCCCAAGUAAGCAGAGGAGAAGGAUCAACUGUGGCUAAUGAAAAGCUGUGCCAACUAUGCCAGCAAUACUCAACCGAAGCAUUAUUCUACCUCCAACAGAACGAGACCAAGGCUGAGAUUCUCGGCGUCCUUAACCACGCGUGCGCAAAUCUGGGACCUCUAAGACAACAGUGCAUCACGCUGGUCGACUACUACAUCCCAAUUCUCUUGUUGGAGGUCUCCGUGGUUAAACCUGAGCAGUUCUGUGAGUCGGCGCACCUCUGCCCGAAGGGGCCAGCGAUGCGGGUGUCCGCUAGAGGGGAGGCCUGUGGUCUAUGCCACCAGGCUCUUGUCGAAGUUCUGACCAUGCUAAAAGAUCCUAACGCGAAGCUGGAGAUAGUUAAGCUUCUUCUCAAAACAUGCAGCAAGUCGGAGCAAUAUGCACCGCUGUGCAAGAGGCUGGUGCUUGAAUAUACCCCACUAGUUCUGGUGAAACUCCAGAAGUACCUUGAGACAACAGACGUCUGCUACGCAAUACAUGCGUGUAAAACAGGCACGCCGGCAACGAUGGAAACCGCUCCUCUAUCUGUGGCUUUGUGAAGACGUGAAGACAAUGCAAAUCAACAGCAAAUGCUUCAAAAUCGAACCAGAUUAGAAUAAUUGAAGGUGAAAUGUAUGUGCAAGCUUUCUCCCCUAUGGCCAAACUGCCCAGUUACCAGUUAUGAAGGUUUGGCUUGGGUAGAAGUUUUAUUUGUACAUUUGGAGCCCUACUCUCUAAAGUCUGAAUUAUGCAGCAAGCCAUCAACUAUACUGUACCAUUCACUUCCCCAACAUACAAGCCCCUCAGAGCAGCAUACAUCUACGACAGAAGAUAUUAAACACUUGUAAUUAUCUCGUUGUAUCAACUACUAUUUUCCCAAUCGUGAUGGU